CACAGUUUCUUAUUUUUUUUUUUAAUCGCCGAGCAAGAACAGCCGAAAGUUUAACAACACAAACGUUAUCCGUCUCAUCCGGAUUUGUUCUCUAGGGUUUCGUUCUUAUCUCUUGCGUACCGCUGAAUCUCUGCAUCUACAGGUUCUGGUGGAUACAAGGCGCUGAUUUUGCUUAAAUUCGUGUUUCAGCUCUUGAGGUGAAUGUUGAACUCAUCUGGAGAUUAAGAAAACUUUUGAAGAAGCAAAAAACUUUGAUGGAAAUGGCAGAGCUAAGCAGGUCCAUGCAGCUAGCAGGAAAGCGAAACUCACCACCUGAGACCACUCUAAGUGGUUCUGUAUCCGAGGCACCAAACAAGCACUGUAGACCAUGGUUACAGCAGUUGUCUCCAGCAAGCAAUGGGAUUCUGCAUAUUCCGACCAAUGCGCUUUCUCAGAAGACACUAAAUUCGCUGAUGCACGGCAAUAACGUGGCGCAAAUUGACCCUGCUCUUCAGAAAUCUGGAAAGCCUGUUGUAAACAAGAAACAGCAUAUCCCACCUCGAGGGUCAAUGAAACCGAAGGAGGAAGUUAAUGAGUCUGUGAGGUCUAAAAUGAGGGAGUCAUUAGCAUCUGCGUUGGCGUUGGUUCAGCAACAUGAUAAAUCUCCUAAGGGGAAAGAAAAUUUAAAGACUGAAGAAACUCCUAAUGUGAAACUGGAGAAUACUCAAAGUUUUCAACCUGCCUCACCUGCCACCCUCAGUGUCCCUAUAGGCGAUGGGAUCCUGUCAGAAUUGUCCACUGGUGUUGAAAGUUCCGUGCAGAAGGAUAGUGAGAUUCCCAUCGACAUCAAGAUGGAAGAUGCUAAUCAAUCCGAUGGACUUAAGUCUCAAUAUGACGAGGUUUUCCCUCGGGAUGAUGUUCCUUUUACAGAUAUUAUUUUUCCCAACGAUGACCUUUUACAAGGUAAUGAACUCUCUUGGGUUCUGGACAAUGUUUCAGAUCUUGGCGUGACAAAGGAUUAUGGGACCGACGGUAAAAAGUCAUAUCAGGAUCCAGAAAUUUUGGCAUCUACAAUUGAAAUGGAACUGUUUAAGCUAUUUGGAGGCGUGAACAAGAAGUACCGAGAGAGGGGAAGGUCCCUCUUAUUCAAUUUGAAGGAUAAGAACAAUCCUGAGCUUAGAGAAAGGGUGAUGUCUGGAGAUAUCUCGGCUGAGAGGUUGUGUUCUAUGACAGCCGAAGAACUGGCUUCCAAGGAGCUUUCUGAGUGGCGACAAGCCAAAGCUGAAAAGAUGGCUGAGAUGGUUGUCCUCCGGGAUACAGAUAUUGAUGUCAGACGUCUGGUGAGGAAGACGCAUAAGGGUGAGUUCCAGGUUGAAAUUGAUCCCAUUGACAGUGGCACGGUAGAUGUCUCUGCUGGCAUUAUGUCACGUAGUAAACGUCGACCCAAACCCAAAGCUCAUUCUGCCAAAACCACUCCCAAAGAUACGACAGAAAAAGUUGCUCAAACAACAUCACAUGAUACUCCUCCCCCAGCUGAAGAGAUCGAUCCCAUGCAAGGUUUGGCGGUGGAUGAUGAGUUGAAGGACGUGGAGUUUCUUCCUCCGAUAGUAUCGCUUGACGAAUUCAUGGAAUCCCUGAACUCUGAGCCUCCGUUUGAAAGUCCUCAUGGUAGUUCUGAAAUGCAGGUGUCUGCGUCUGAGAAAACUGACUCCGAAGUUGGGCCACGCUUAAAAUCUCCUAAAGGAUCUCCUAAGGAACUAGGCGAUAAAGGUUCUCCUGAACCAAACCCGGAGAAGAUCGAGGAAGUUUCCCAAAAAUCUGGUGCCAGUGUCAAACUUGAUGACGAUGUCUCUGGAGAGAAAUCGCCUUCACUUGCUGAUGUCAAGGGAGAAAGAGUAUGGGAUGGAUUACUGCAACUAAGCCCGUCUUCAAUAGUCCCUGUCACUGGCAUUUUCAAAAGUGGUGAGAAGACGGACACGAGCGAGUGGCCGGUGAUGGUGGAAGUGAAGGGUAGAGUUAGGCUGAGUGGGUUUGGGAAGUUUAUUCAAGAGCUUCCUAAGUCUCGAACCCGUACCCUAAUGGUAAUGUACUUGGCUUGUAAAGACGGCAUUGCUAAGAGCCAGCGUGGCAGCCUUUUUGAGGUUGUUGAUUCCUACGUUGCUGAUCAGAGAGUUGGCUUCGCAGAGCCAGCCUCAGGCGUGGAGCUUUACAUUUGCCCGACACGUGGGGAGACUCUAGAUUUGUUGACCAAGGUCAUCUCUAAAGACCAGCUCGAUGAGAUCAAGUCUUUGGAUAUUGGAUUGAUUGGAGUUGUUGUGUGGAGACGAGUCGUUAACAAGCCGGGUUCUAAACGUCAGCAUUAUUCUUCUUCUUCUGGCUCGAGAACCUCUGUUUUGUCUGAAAACAAGAAGCAGAGAGUGAAUGUCACCGAGAAACCUCUUGUUGUUCUGCCUAUGGGGAAUCGUCAUAAUGGUUAUGGUGGUAAACCUGUGAAAGAUGAUGGUGAGGAUGAUGUACCGCCUGGGUUUGGUCCUGUAGCUCCAAGAGAUGAUGAUGAUUUACCGGAAUUUAACUUCAAUUCCUCCGUCGUCCCAGUUUCUUCUCCUCACCCAUUGCCGGCUCAACCCAAGUCGCUGGACCAAGUGAGAAAGCUCAUACACAAGUAUGGCAAAUCUGCAAGCAUCUAUGACGAUGAUGAUGACGACGACAUACCUGAAUGGCAGCCACAGUUAUCUAGCCACAUGCUCCCACCGCCGCCGCCGCCUCCACCUCCACCUCCCGGCUUCAGGCCCGAGAUGGGUCUUCAGGAUCAUAACAGAACGAUGGUUAGACCACCACAAGAUGGCUUGUGGGAUAAUCAAAAUGGCGGGCAAGGACAACCCUAUGAUGGGAACCGGUCAAGAAACAGAGGAUUUUAACAUCUCUGUUGAUGAUAGUGUUCUCUGUAAUUGUAGUUUUUUUUGUUCCGUUAAUCUUUCUCAUUAGCUUUUUCGAAGACCUCAUCUUCGUUUUGUAGCCAUCGUAGAAUGCAAAGCUCGAAAUAAUCCAACUUUUCAAAUGAAACAUCUAAAACAGUUUUGUGUUUUUUUCUUAAAAACGAAAAUAAGCUCUGCUUUGCUUUUUAAUAAUACCAAUGGAUUUGAAGAUUUUACAGUGCUA